UCAUCAAUGAUUUGGCUCAGGUAGUUGCAAGAGACACGUGUUUUAGAUUGGAUGAUAAAUUAAAAGAUCAGGAGCAAUACAUAAAUCUAAAGAAAGUUCGACAUUCAUCUUACAUGCAAGAGUACUAUGAGGGUAUGAAAAAUUUGAGAUCUUUGACAGAGCCAUGCAUUUACGGACCUUCUUACCAUUUCACUUACAAAAUAUUUCAGAUUACAAUUUGGCAAGCAAUGUUCCCCUUAAUUUAUUGCCGAAGCUAAGAUGCUUGAGGGUGCUCAAUAUGAGUAGAUAUCACAUCACAGAAGUCCCAAAUUCUGUUGGAGAUUUGAAACAUUUGCGAUACCUUAACUUUUCCGGCACCCUUAUUGAAGAAUUACCUGAAUCACUAGGCUCUCUCUACAAUCUACAAACAUUGAUGUUAAGAAAAUGUCGAAAUCUAAAAAAGUUGCCGACAGACUUGGGAAACCUAAUUGACCUACGUCAUCUCGAUACUAUAGAUGCACAUGCCUUGGAAGAAAUGCCACUGGGAAUAGGUAAGUGGGCUAGUCUUCAAACACUAUCCAAUUUUGUUGUUACUAAGAACAAUGGGCUUCGAAUAAGGGAGUUGGGGAACUUAAUUUAUCUUCGGGGGAAGCUUUGCCUAUCUGGGUUACAGAACAUGGUGGUUCCAUUAGAUGCAAGGGAGGCGAAUUUAAAUGAUAAGCAGGGCUUAGAUGUGUUAUCGAUGGAAUGGAGUGUGCACUCAGAUGAUUCACGAGAUGCAAGAGUUGAAACAGAGGUGCUUGACAUGCUACAACCUCACAAGAAUUUAAAAGAGCUCCAUAUCAAAGGCUACCUUGGUACAAGAUUUCCGACUUGGAUAGGAGAUCCUUUGUUCUCCAAUAUGGCUCACCUAAGUUUAAACAAUUGUGGAAAUUGUACAUUCUUGCCACCACUUGGACAACUGCUCUCCCUUAAAAAGCUUUUCAUUAGAGGUAUGAGUGCACUAAAGCAUGUCGGUUGUGAGUUUUAUGGGCAGGGUGGCGCCAAACCUUUUCCAUUACUAGAGACUUUAAGCUUUAAGGAUAUGCCGGAAUGGGAGUAUUGGUAUACUUUUGAAGAUAAGGAAGUUCAACCAUUUACUCAUGUUAUUGAGCUCUCCAUCAAAAAUUGUCCUAAACUUCUUAAAAUGUUGCCCAAUGAUCUACCUUGUUUGAAUAAUCUAGAUAUUACGGGGUGCCCGCAAUUCGUAGUUGAAGUUUCCAACCUCGUCCUCCCGUCACUCACAUCCCUGGUUAUGAAUGAUGUCCCUCUUACAAGCCUUCAAGUGGUCCUUGAGACGAGGAACAUGGUUGAUGAUGAAGUGAUGUUGGCAAAUGCAAAGUCUAAGCAUCUGAGUUCAAUAACUUCCUUAAGCAUUGGGAUGAUUAAGAAACUCGAGCUCUUGCCGAAAUGGGUUACUCAUGAGCUGAUGGAACUCAAAGCAUUAGAGAUCACAAGCUGUGAAGAACUUAAGACACUGUGGAAGAAUGAGGCAAGAGUGCAACACAAUCUCCCUACAUUCCGAUGUUUGAAAAUUAAAGGUUGCCCCCAACUUGUUUCAUUGUUUGAAGAAGAUGAGGAUGAAGAAAACAAAGGGCAACAUGAGCAGCAGCAGCAACAAGAGGGACUCCCUUGCAUAGUGGGGAGGCUUGAGCAUCUAAGAAUAGAUAAUUGUGAAAAGCUGGAGAAACUGCCACGGCUGCGACAUACCUUCACUUUUCUUCGAGAGUUGUAUGUCUUUGAUUGUCCAAGCCUCGACUCUUUUCCAGAGACAGGUUUUCCAUGCACGCUAAAAAAACUCGAGAUACGUGGUUGUGAGGCUCUGCAAUCCUUAUUCAGGUGGAUAAUGCAGAUUAAUGACAAUAAUCUUGAAGUGUUAGAGGUUGGUGGUUGUCCAUCCCUCACAUGCAUGAUAUCGUGCAGAGGUGGGGGGCUACCACUGAUCGACAAUCUAACAUUCCUAAAGUCAAGGUCGUUGAUGAUGAUGAUGAUGAGUGAUAAGCUCUGUGGAGAUUCCCACCGCAAUACAAAGCAGUCAAAUUGCCAGCAAUUUUUUGAAUGAGGGAUGGCUAUGCAUGACAAUGUAUUUUAAGGGUUUGUUAUGAGGUUCUAUUUCUAUGAUUCUGGCUCUUCCCAUACUUAUUGGAGAGAGACUUUCAUUGUUCAUGGCUUCUCGCAAGAGACCAUUCAUGAGUAGCUUCAAAAAACCACCACCAAGAAGUUUUGAAGAUCUAACUCCGGUAGCAAACUCUGAUUCGCAGCAUCAUUCAGCAAACCCUUCCAAUCAGGGAUUAUCAUUUGCUUCAAUUGGUAAUCUUCAAUCAAUGAACUCGAUUAAAGAUUCAUUGCCUGGCAUUUUCAAUUAGUGAAAUUGCAGAUCUAACUCUGGUAGCAAUCUCUGAUUCGCAGCAUCAUUCAGCAAAUCGUUCCAAUCGGGGAUCAUCAUCAUCUGCUUCAAUUGGUAAUCUUCAAUCACUGAACUCGAUUGAUAAUGCAUUGCCCGAAAAUUUCAAUUAGGUGGAAGGUGGCCAAGAAUACUCGGUAGAAAUUGACAAGAAACAUUUGAAAUGGAAUAAUCAAAUAGAUGUUGUUCUUAUCGACUCACUCUUGGACCAAAUGCUCAAAGGGCAAAAAAUUGGUGGUAGUUUUACAUCAUCUGCUUAUAGAGCUGCAAGCAAUUCGGUGAGUACCAAGUUUAGCAUACAUUGUGAUUCCAUUCAUGUAAGGAAUCGGUUGAAGACUUUAAAAAGGAAUCUUGCAAUGGCUAAAGAUAUG